GUUAAUUCUCGGUUUUCUCUAAAUAAAAUACAGUUCCAAAAAAGCCAGGGCACACAUUCUAUUGUAUAUGCCGAACGACGCGAUUGUGUACUCCGGACCCUACGAAGUGGGACGCCUUCGACGCCGGCGGGAUCGACGGGUGGAGGAGUAUCUUUUCAGGCGCUCCACUCGCACCAGCAACCCACCGCUCGAGGUCACCAUGUGCCGCAUCACUAAGCUGGUGGCCUACUUCAUCGUCUUCUUCUUGGUGCUGGGGGCUUUCACGGGCGGAUUGGCUGUGCUGGUGAUGGCAUUACACAUACCGGCGGAUAGGCCAGGGUGCCCCAAGUUUCCCGGACUAUGCACCACGCCCGGAACGUAUGUGGGCGACCAGAAGCAAAUCGUGUGGGGCAUCGGCAACGAGAAGGAGCUGGGCGCCAUCCGGCGGAAGCUGUCGCGCAUAGUGGAAAGUUAUGGCCUCGAGGGACCCAAGCGCAUGAUGGCCUGCAACCUGGACGACAGCUGGGGCUACGCCUCCGGCAAGCCCUGCAUCCUGAUGAAGCUCACCCACGCACUGGGCUUCGAGGCGAUCACCUACAACGAUGCCAUGACCCUGCCCGAUAACGCUCCAGAUGAGCUGUACGACUACGUGGUGGAUCUGGGCAUGGAGGCGCGGAUGAACCGCAUAUGGGUGGCCUGUCAGGUGAAGAACGAAAAGGGAUUGGAUGUUAAGAUCGACUAUGUGCCGGAACGCUUUUUCGAGGCUGAGGCUCUGUUCACCAAGGGCAAUGUCUUCCUGAACGACUCCUCCGACAACGAGGGCGGCACCUACACUGAGGAUCCCAGUCUGAGGCGCAUAAUCGGUGUCCAGUUCCUGAACUUACCGCCCAACCGGGACAUCCAAGUCCGCUGCCAGGUGUGGGCCAAGAACAUCCCGCUCCAUAUGGGAACGGCAAGAAUCUUGUUGCACCAGACGGCGCCUGUUCACCCCACCACACCAUUGUUAUUGGACGAGUGGUACGAUUGAAAUAUGCUGUCCUUAUAAAUUUAUCUCAAGAAAGUACCUUUCAAGUGGAUUUAUUUAACUUAAUGUUACGAAUUACAUAAUGACAAAAUUUGAUUAAUAAUAUCUUCAGAUGCAAUAAUUAAA